AUGGCGAAGAUCUUCAGCACGGCUUUCCCUUACCAUUGUUAUCACAGUUGUCCUCUUCCUCAUCUUUGCAUUGCCACUCAGGAUCUCAGCCUUUGUCGUAUACUGGCAUCCAGGAAAAAAACUAAACGGGGCUUUCUUUAAUAUUUCUUGCAUUCUCAGUGUAAUCAACGGCAGUAUUAAUCCUUUUGUGUACUUCCUUGUUGGAAGACGAAAACAGCAAAGGUCUCGGGAGACAUUCUCUGCUGUGUUUCAUCGAUCCUGGAAGGAUGAGACAGAAGUGGUGGUGACACAACAAACACACGUUCACUGAACACUGCCCAUGUGGGCUGGGGGCUGAUGAGUGUUGGAAUCCAACAGCCUUUGGGAGGCCCCAGGUUCCCUAUUUCUGCUCUAGAAGCUGUUAGAGUAAUGUGACUGAAGUUAUUUUUAAAAUUCGUAUUUCAUUAUAUACAUUAAACAUACAUCUAAACCAAUCUUAUUACAAAUGUAUGUGUUACAUAUGAGCAUAUUUACAACAGUCUGUUGAUGAAUGCACCUUAUUGUGCCAGUGUUCAAUAAAGGAUUUCCAACCCAACAGAGAUCUGUUCCAUUUCUGACUUCACUCUGACUUAAUUUGGCAAUUUACAUAUGACAGUAUGACCAAGACCUGCCUUUAAAUUUCAUGCCAGAGCCCUCCUUCCACUCUGGAGAUGGUAGGCUCUCCUCAGUCCUAAAUUCCUCCAUCAAUCAAAGCUUCCAAUAAAACAGUUGAUUAAAAACAAGGUAUGGAAUAUAAAUACAGACCAAUAUCUCAGCAGCAUGCUGUUUUCACAUGACUGGAAACAUACUCCAUCAAGCUUAGAGUCAUAUGAAAUUUAAUGUCGCAUUAAUAUGAUCGUUACAACAGCACAAGCAUUUCUGCUUUCCAGUGGAACCAUCUACCAUUUCCUCUGCCUGUGUGCUAUUCUAGGGGUUCUCCUGACCCUUCCCCCCAAAAGAGCUGAUUCAGAGAGAGCAGAGGGGCAUGAGGAGAGGACCAGUUGUGCUGACUCGCACUACUGCAAGUAUUUUUUGAAUCUUGCCCAAAGAAAUCAAUGAGACUUAGGUUUGUCAUGAGUAACUGGUCCGAUUGAUUUCAUUGCAUCUUCUUGAAGCAUGACUAAGUCUAGAGUCAAUCUAUAUUGAACAAAAGCAAUAAGAACAGUUGGCAGAGCGCAGACCUCUUAACAUUCUGAACCUGUUUCCUCACAGUAGAGCACGACCGACAACUUUUCUUAGGGAGCAAAUUCUACAGUGCUACAGCGGUACCUCGGGUUACAGAUGCUUCAGGUUACAGAUGCUUCUGCUAACCCAGAAAUAGUACCUCAGGUCAUAGCUGUCAAGUGUCCCUUAUUUGAAGGGACAGUCCCUUAUUCCAGUGCCAUGUCCCGCUGCUGUCCCUUAUUGAUGGAUGUCCCUUAAAUGUCCCUUAAAUGAUGUCCCUUAAAUUUCAAAGGAAGCAGCUCCUCUCCCUCCCUCCCUGCCAGCCAGGGAGGAGGGAGGCUCCAACUGUGUUGCUCACCCAAUAAGAAGUCUAAGAACAACUGGGGGGUGGAGCUUGCAUGCCAUGUGUGUGGCUAGUUAAUGCAAGCUGAGGGGUUUUUUAAAUGCUGGAUGCCAUUUUGUUGCACGUGCUGCUGCAAACUUUGCAGUGCAAAGCCAGGCCGGGGAGUCAUCUUAAGUUGAGGCUGCAUAUGCCUUGUGGUGCAUGUGAUUCAGAUUCUGUUCAGUUGAACCUCUGGUUACAAAGUUGGUUGGACAGUGUUCUCGAAGCUACCAGCAUGAGUUUGACCAGACUGCAGGAGGACAGGAAGACUGGAGUGCCUGGAACAGGUGAGGCUGCAGGUCCCUUAUUUUGGCUGCUGGUCCCUUAUUUUCAAGGCUGCUGGUCCCUUAUUUUCAAAUCUGUAAGUUGACAGCUAUGCCUCAGGAUGAGAACAGAAAUCAUGUGGCGGCAGCGGAGGCCCCAUUAGCUAAAGUGGUACCUCAGGUUAAGAACAGUUUCAGGUUAAGAACAGAACUCAAGAACGAAUUAAGUUCUUAACCCGAGGUACCACUGUAUACAGGUGCCACCAGAAAAAAAUACACCCACAGCUGUAUUUCAGGUAGUUGUUAAUCAUGCACCAGGUGGAAGCGGUAGUUGAAAUAACAGCUCUCAAGCAGAUCCCAACUCAAAGAGUUCAGGGAAGAGAUUGUAUUCUAGUCUAUAUCUAGUAUGAGAUCAUUUGGGGCACUGGAAGUUAAAAUGAAUUGUAUUUGGCCUAGAAAUACAUUGGUGACCAACAAAGUAAAUACAAAAUCAGUGUAAAGAGGAUAUUUUACAGCUAGUACAAUAAAUAGUAAAGCCAGGCUGCUACAUUCAGAACAAAAUGACAUUUCUGAGCUGUCCUAAAAGGCAAUUACACACAGGGUGCAUUCUAGAGGUUGUAUUCAACCUAGUGCUAAGGCAAACAUUCUGCCAGUGCAAGUUUUUUCUCUCUCUGCACAAUUGAACAUUCUCCCCCUAUAAACCUUGAGUUUGUUCUGGUGUCCCCGCCCCCCAACUUUCAGGAUCGGAUUUGUGAACACUGCAGAACACAGAUGGUAGAAAAUAUAGAGGAAAGUCCCUGUGUGCAAGCUGAAGGUGUCCACUCAAUGCAUUUUUCUUAAUUGAAUACUGUCCUCGUAGUCAUUUCAAGAGAUUUCCAAAGCAUACAAAACAGUGACCCAGUUCCUUUGUCUUUAGAAAGGGGUACCGCUGAUUAUGUGGUGCUAGAAAUCACCACCCUGUGGCUUCAUAUUAUCAUUAUUUAUUAUUAUCAAAGAGAUAUUAAGAAGCAUUAACAGUUGAAGAUAUUAAGAGUUGUAACCAGUGCUAUUUUUCUAGAAAAAAAGGUUCCAGGACUCACAAUGAAUGCCUCCCUUGUUCUCUUAUAAUGGCAAUGGUACCCACCUGAGAGGUGCCUGAAAUGAGUUCCAGUGACUUUUGACUGAGAAAAAGCCCUGGUUGUAACUUUAUAAAGCCACAUACGAGAGUUCUAGCAUGGAAAGCAGUAGCAUAGUACCAUAUUUUUAAUAUUUUGUUGGAAGCCGCCCAGAGUGGCUUUGGAAACCACUUAUUAUUAAAAUUAUUAUCACCACUUUCAAGUAUCUUCCCACCAGCAGAACCACAAUGAGAUUGCUAGAAGAAACUAUGCUGAUGGGAUCAAAGUUGAUGAGAGGACCAGGGGGGAUGUAUCUCCAUCUUUGCCCAAGAGCAGGUUAUCUAUAAUUAUCUUAAUCAUCAUCUACCAGGCUGAUCAAGAAAGUCUCCAUCUGAAACGGGAGUAGGAAGCUGGAUCCAGUGUAAUGAUAUUGUGAUCUUCACAAUACUGCAGCUGACAGUUUUUGUGAGGUCAUUAAAAUCUCAUGUUGUUUGUUACAUAGGGCGCCCAUCAUCAUACUGAGGUGGGCCAUAAAAUUGCAGCAGUACAGUUUUAUGAAGGACAGAAGCAGGAACACAGGAAGUUGAAAAGAAAACUGGAGAGUGAUCACGGUAGUAUUCAGAUUUCUGUCUUGCGACUGCUCUUACUAAUUUUAUUAAAAGAAAGGCCAAGAGUUUCAUUACUCACAUGCGUCUGUUUAAAAGGCAUCAUAGAGGAGCAUUUUUAAGGAGCACAGUGUCAAACAGAUCACUGCUGUACCUUGAGUGGAAAUGGACGGAUGAGGGAAACAAAGGUAAAGCGACGAUGUCUUAUUUCCAUCAGUCACUUGCCUCUAAAGCCUUCUCUACAGAAAUAAGGUUAAAAUUUAUUUGCGUGGACAGGCAGAGUCCCUAGAUCCCGAGCGGUCCCCCCCGUCAUGUGGAAUAACGACUCAAGACAACGUGCUAUGGGAUUAAAUUGGCUACAACUUUAUUAAAUUUCAAAUGUGGGUAGACCUUGGCUCAGGCAUUUUGCGUUCUCCCUCCCCAGUCCCCAGCCGGGGACCUAGGGAGCAUCAGGGUUAUCCAGUGUGUGUGGGGGGGGGGAAUGUGCCGGCUCUGGAGAACAUAUGUUCAAGCAGAGAUAGCCGCCCCCUUUUACGCUGCUGCCGCAGGGGAGAGCAAUGACGACCUUUCGGCGUACGGUCAAAGCCUCCCUUCAGAAACCCCUUUAACAGGGAACCUGGUAUCGCCGCCACAAAGAGGAAGCUGAUACCGCCAAAGUUGUGACGUUUUGCUACAGGAAAGGCGAAACCUGCCAAUGCAGGGAAAUUCCUUUCCGGCCCUUUAACAGCGACCUUAACGUAGCAGCACCCGCAUACCUGUGAAGAAAAGUUAACCUGCAAAACCUGUGAAGAAAAGUUAACCUGCAAAAUAAGACAUUAACUGAGGGUGGGUAGGGUGGGAGAAGCUCUGGAGCCAAGUGAGGAUUCCCAGGUAAGAUCCUCCCUCUAUUGUGUGGGCAGGUAAUCCCUCCCCUACCUGGCCUGGUCUCCUUGGCAACGCUUCCCCCAGGUGGGAUUGGACAACUGACUGAGGUAGGCGGAGACCUCCAGGUAUCCCACCUGAGGGAAGGCAAAGCCAAGCCUAUGCUGAUGGAGCCACUCCAGAUCCAGGGGCUGCGCACGUCCACGCAAAGGGCGCCCCCCGUUUUAAGCGGGGAGCAGUCAUUCCAGUUCACUGGCAUAGGGAGAUAAAUACUUUAGAAGGCACAUUUCUAGUCUGGCGCACAGAUUUCUAGACCACCAGUCUUAACAGUCAAAUAUGAGCGGGCCCGUCAGUUCAAUCAUCUAUUACUUCACAAUAGCUAGAGACUUUGCCCAGACUUUUGUUUCACUGGGAUGGAGUUGCUUCAGUCUACUGGUCUUGCCCUUAGUCCAAGAGGUAUGUCUGGUCCAGGAGAAGAUAAAACCAUGACCACUCAGAAAGAUAUGCCUUCUGGAAAGUCAGACAUAGAGCUGAAGUCUUAGAGCUGAGGGUGUCACAAUCCCUUCUCUCAUUCUUCUCCUGUUUUUAUCCUGAGUAAGGGUUGUCCUGGGGUGCCCUGCUGACAUUCAUAGUAAAACAGUUGCUCAUUUCCCAUUCGCCAUUAAGCAAAGAGUAGCGUGCCCAUGUUCCCAAAUCAUAAAUAUAAGCAAAAUUAACAGAGGAUUUAAAAGUUAGGCUGCGGAAACCAAGACACUGGGUCCUUUGGAGGAAUGUUGCCUCCUGCCAAAUACAACCCUGAUACACAAAAAGAAGGGUUCAUGAGGAUUCAAGGAUGGCAUGGGAAGUAUCUUUUAGCUGUCUGGUGGGAAAAUAUGGCAUACCAUUCAUGUUUUCAAGAGAGAAGGAUAACUGCUUUCAUGUAAAGUGAUGGACAAGUAGUAAAUACCUAUUCCCAAGUCAUGAAGCAUUCCAAAAUGCCCUGAAAUAAUCGCUUGAAAAACAUAUUCUGUCAUAGCUCAGACAAAAACAGUUGCUUGGAUCCCAAAUUACCAUGAAUUCCCUCUCUUCUUUUCUCACAGGAUAGGAGAAAGAGUUGGUUUUUGCCAGUUCUCUCUCCCUCCCUUCCCAUAGUCCUCCUUGAUCCCUUAAAAUCUGGGCUGCCAAAAAAAGACAUUGAGGUUCACAUGAGCCCCUCGGGCUGCAUGUUGAACCAAAGCAGUAUUAUAUUUUGAUAUUCCCAUUAACUCAUUUCUUCUUUCACAAUAAUUUUAUUACAUAAAAACUGAAUUCCAAAUUUGGUACAUGCUAACUCGAUGGCCCUUGUGGUCUCUUCCAACUCUAUGAUUCUAAUAUAGUUGCCUAGUCUAGUUACCAAGUAAGAUUAUUGUAUUUUAUUGCAGCUAUUUAUUGCAGGAUGCUAGUAUUUAGGUGAAAUCAGGUUAGUGUGAAACUGAUAAACUUAGGCUAAGAUAAUUACACCUAUUUCAUUGUUUUCCAACAUUUGGUAUCAAAUAUUUCCAUGCAGUAGGGCUAUAUAGGCAAAAUGUGCUGGUGUUGUGACUAUUUUAUGUUCUUAAUAAUUGUCCAUGCAACAAUUUACUUCACAAUAGCAGACGCCAUCUGCAGUGAGAAAAUUAGCUAUGUUAUAUUUUAAACAGGGGCACCUGCGGGAAAUAAUAAUCAAUGACAACCUUCCUCAGCCUGAUGCCCACCUGCUAUUUUUGAUGAUGAUGAUGAUGAUGAUGAUGAUAUAUUUUCACCCUGCCCAUCUGGCUGGGUUUCCACAGCCACUUUGGGUGGCUUCCAACAAAAUAUUAAAAAUACAAUAAAGCAUCAGACAUUCAAAACUUCCUUAAACAGGGCUGCCUGCAGAUGUCUUCUAAAAGUCAGAAAGUUGUUUAUUUUCUUGACAUCUGAUGGGAGGGCGUUCCACAGGGCAGGUGCCACUACAUAGAAGGCCCUCUGCCUGGUUCCCUGCAACCUCACUUCUCGCAGGGAGGGAACCGCCAGAAGGCCCUUGGAGCUGGACCUCAGUGUCUGGGCUGAACGAUGGGGGUGGAUACGCUCCUUCAGGUAUACUGGACCGAGGCUGUUUAGGGCUUUACAGGUCAACACCAACACUUUUAAAUGUGCUCGGAAACGUACUGGGAGCCAAUGUAAGGUCUUUCAAGACCGGUGUUAUGUGGUCUCGACGGCUGCUCUGCGUCACCAGUCUGGCUGCCGCAUUCUGGAUUAGUUAUAGUUUCCGGGUCACCUUCAAAGGCAGGCCCAUGUAGAGUGCAUUGCAGUAGUCCUAGUGGGAGAUAACUAGAGCUUGCACCACUCUGGCAAGACAGUCCAUGGGCAGGUAGGGUCUCAGCCUGCAUACCUGAUGGAGCUAGUAGACAGCUGCCCUGGACACAGAAUUGACCUGCGCCUCUAUGGACUGCUGUGAGUCCAAAAUGACUCCCAGACUGUGCACCUUAUUACAACUUCCAUGAGCCCCAUCCAGCAUGCCAGUGGACAGGGAUGAUGGAAGUUGCAGUCAAAAUGUUUGGAGGUCACCAUGUUGUGCAAGGCUGUUUCAUUUGGAUGAGUUAUGCAUACUAAGGUUUUACUGCAGAAACUGAUGAAAGGCCAUACCAGUUUUUGUAGGCCCGUGCUCUUUAAAGAAAGACACAAAGUCCAGUAUGUAGAAGAAAGCCAUGGGAGAAAAUUCCAAAGUGGCAAGUGGAAUAUUGUAAUACAAACAUUCUUGCCUUGACGGUUUCCUACCUCUAUCACUACUUCACAACACCAUAAUAAUGACAAUUUGUGUUUGAUUUUUGGCAGGUUGA